GCGCGGGCCAAGGGCCGGGAGGCGGCGAGGGCCAGGAGCGCCAGCAGCAGCCGCAUCCUGCGCGGGAGCAAAGACGCCGCCGAGCCGGGGGUCGCACGCCGAGGAGGCCGCCGCUGCUCCCUAAGAACUUAAUUUCCAAGCAGAACAAAGACCCUUCUUUCAACAGAGUGAAGAGGCCCCUAAGUUACCUAAAUGCUGCGCGCUGAUUGGCCCCGGUUAAGGAGACGGAAGAAACAGCGUGCACGUGGCACCCGCGGCCAGAGCAGCGCGCGGCGGGACCGGGAGACCAUGGCGUCGCUCAGUGGUGGCACCGUCGUCUGUGUCAUCUGCUUGGAGAAGCCUAAAUACCGCUGCCCCGCCUGCCGCGUGCCCUACUGCUCGGUGACCUGUUUCCGGAAGCACAGAGAGCAGUGCAAUACCGAAACUCGUCUUGUUGAGGAAAAAAUAUCAGCUUUUACUGCAAGAACUAUAAAGCCCGAGGAAAACAAAGAUGAUGAUGACGACUCUGUAGCUGAUUUUCUCAAUAGUGACGAGGAACAGGACAGAGUUUCUUUGCAGAAUUUAAAGAAUUUAGCUUCUCUCUACUCCCGCCAACUUAACAGCCCACCACGUGGCCCCACAGUAGUCUCCAGGGAACAUGAAGAGUGCCCCCGUCCACCCAGAGAAUAAAGUCCAGCUUCUGUGACUCAGCCCCAGCUGUCACCCCAGCCUCACCUCCCACCACUGUCUGCUCCUAUACGCCAGUAACAGUAGACUGAUGAACAAAUGACUAACAAAGGGGCCCCACUCACCUGAGCACCCUUCAUUAAGAGACGGGCUCUGGGGGCCCCGGGCUGUGCGAGGAUGGAGCCGCCUCAGUAACGCGUACCGUUCCACAAAGUUCUGGUGAGAGACCCUGGAAGCCAAAGUGGGUGGAAGAAGGGAAUGAAGCAACUUCAUCCGUGGGCACAGCGCUCAGGAUAUGACGGGAAUAAUUGCAUUUAAUCUGCUCAACAACCCAGCGAGGUGCUGCCCUGGCUGCACUGCAUGGACGAGGCUGUAGCUCUGGAGAGAUUAUUUUAAGGGUCUGCUCUUCCUGGGCCCUUUCCUAGAGGACUUGCUGUCUGCCUCCUUCCAAGGGGCGUGGAGGGCCCCCUCUGGACAACUAGACCACUCCUACCUCACACCCGUGCUUGGCUGCAUCUCCACCCGUCCUCUGACCCACUCUACUCCCCUUCACGGCAACACUCUCUAAACAGCUGGUGACAUCUGAUAUCUGCACUUCCUCCUCUAAGUUUGGCUUCUGCCUACAACACUGCACCAUGUGGCUCCUGUCACAGCCAUCAGCAUGCCACUAAAAUUGUUGCUGGUUUCUCGUCAUCCCCCCCCUCUCAAAAUGUGAGCAUUCCUCAGGGCAUGACCCCGAUCCCUUCUAUCUUUGAUGGGGUUUCCUCCUUGUUUGUGGUGUUAAGACCCUCCAGUUCUUAGAGCUCUGCUGAGCCCGGGCCUGUCUCACAGCCAUUUUAAACCUGACCCUCCCACCCUG